CUAUCUUCGCCAACCAAAAGGAAGCCCUGCUGCACUAUCUAUCCAUCCGCUCCUUUUUCUUCCUGCUUUCGCGUUACCGAGCGUUUCCCAUUGCCGAACCCUGCAUUCUCACCGUCUGCGUCGGAACAGUUCUUCUGGGUAUACUCGGAAAAGGAAAAUCAAGCGCAGUUUUAUCUUCGAUCCAAGGAAAAAGCGUAAAUCUGAUUCUCGAAAAGUUGCAGAGAGCAGCGUGGAUGUUUUAAUGGAGACCAAAGGUGGGAAAAAGAGUAGCAGCAGUAGUAGUAGUACGAAUUCGUUGCACUAUGAAGUCCCUCUCGGCUACUGCAUUGAAGACAUCCGUCCCAACGGUGGCAUCGAGAAGUUCCGAUCUGCUGCUUACUCCGACUGCCUGAGGAAGCCAUCCUGAUACGCCCUCUUGCUAAUGGCUGGUUCAGUAGAGUAGAAUUCAUCCCCUCCCCCCCUCUCUCCCUCUCUUUGUCUCUCUCUCUCUGCUCCUGUCUGUCCCUGCGAAAUUGCUCUGCUUCCGAUACUGUUUCCUCAAGCUCAUACUCUAGAGACAAAUGGCUGUUUUAGACCAACCCAGGAACGACCCACCACCUAGCUCGCCCAUCGGCUUCGAGGGCUUCGAGAAGCGCCUCGAGAUCACCUUCUCCCCGCCGCCCAUCUUCGCCGACCCCUCCGGCCUCGGCCUCCGCCGCCUGACCCGGGCCCAGCUCGACUCCAUCCUCGAGCCGGCUCGCUGCUCCAUCGUGUCUCAGCUCUCCAGCGCCGAGCUCGACUCCUACGUCCUCUCCGAGUCGAGCCUCUUCGUCUACCCUCUCAAGAUCAUCCUCAAGACGUGCGGGACCACGAAGCUGCUCUCUUCAAUCCAGCCUACACUCCAGCUCGCCGAGUCGCUCUCGCUCGGCGUCGACUCGGUCAAGUACUCGCGCGGCAGCUUCAUCUUCCCCCACGCCCAGCCCGCCCCAUACCGUAACUUUGCCGACGAGGUCGAGGUCCUGAACGGCUUCUUCGAGGGACUGUUCGCCGAGGCGUACGUGAUCGGCGACCCGAGGGCCCCUAACCGCAACUGGCACAUUUACUCCGCCGUGAAGGCUGGGGCGGACGCGCGCCGCUCCGCCUCGCCGCCGUCGGCGGCGGAGGAUCGGGCGGGCGUGGUCACCCUGGAGAUGUGCAUGACGGGGUUGGACAAGAGCAAGGCGUCCGUGUUCUUCAAAAGAUCGGGGGACCCCGAUUACUCGGCGAGGCAAAUGACGAAACUGUCCGGGAUAUCGGAGAUCAUUCCUGGCCACACGAUCUGCGACUUUGACUUUGACCCGUGCGGGUACUCGAUGAACGGGAUCGAGGGCGCAGCGCUCUCCACCGUGCACGUUACCCCAGAGGACGGGUUCAGCUACGCGAGCUACGAGGCCAUGGGGAUCGACCCCGAGUCCGUGAAGUUUGACGCGCUGGUCGAGCGAGUGCUGAGGUGCUUCGGGCCCACCGAGUUCUCCGUUGCGGUCACGUGCGGCGGCGGCGGCGGCCCCACCGGGGCCCACCUCUGGGCCAUGGCGGCCGUGGUGGGCUACACGCGAGAGAGGGUGGUGCAGCAGGCGCUGCCCGGCGGCGCAUGCUUGGUGUACCUGGCGUACAAGAAAGGCGGCAGAUGGCGCCCGGCGGCCUGCACACCCACGAAGUCGGCAGCGAAGCAGUGCUGCCGGGAGGAGGCGGCGGCAGACGAAAUGGAGUAUGCAGCGGUGGCCGGUGGUGAAGUGGUGGCGAGGCCCUGCAUGGCGCCUGCUCGGGCCGGAAUUACUAGCUAGCGAAUGCAUUCGCCGGGGUUGUUAUUGCGUUGAGUAAUAGUUUAUGGUUGCAGUGCGUUUAGCACUCUGUCUGUUUCAAUCGGUCGUGUUUAGUUUUCUAUGUUGAAAGCUCGUAUCGUCUUCUUGGGUGUCCUUUUCCGAGUGUUCUGUCCUGAAUUUUCCUCCUAUGUUUCGAACUUUAUCAUGGAAUAAUGAUGAUUUCGGUCUUCUCUC